AUGGUGAGUCAUCAUCGAAAGGAUUGGGCUGAUCAGCUUGACGAUGCACUCUGGGCCUAUAGAACGACUUACAAAACGACCAUUGGAACAACAGCAUACAGACUAAUCUAUGGGAAGGCAUGCCACUUACCUGUCGAAUUGGAGCACAGAGUAUAUCGGGCCAUAAAACAGUUAAAUUUUGACCACCACUUGAUAGGCCGCAAGAGGAAGCUCCAACUUAAUGAGCUAGAUGAAUGGCGAACGAUGGCAUAUGAAAACUCAUUGCGCUAUAAGGAGAGAGUGAAGGAAAGCCAUGACCGACACAUCAAACAAGCUAAGUCUUUCCAAGAGGGAGAUCAAGUACUACUCUUCAAUUCUCGACAAAAGCUUUUUCCCGGCAAAUUGAAAUCAUGGUGGCAUGGACCAUAUUUAGUCACACAUGUGUUCACUCAUCACAACGUCAAGAUAUCUGAUCCACAAAAUGGAACGUUCAAGGUCAAUGGUCAACGAUUGAAACAUUACUUUCCGGGUAACAACACUUUGCAAAAGAAUGGAGGUAACUCUCCACCAUAUGUCCCACCAUGA